UAUAUAAAAAAAGCAGCAUUAAAGCGUAAACGCCCGCCAUUCUUGUUUGCUGUCAAAAUUCGUAAUAUUCUAAAUGUCGAGAAAACGUUCGUAUUUAUUUCAUUUUUGAGGCGUCGUUACGAAGAUUCUUUCUGUAGUUAGGGUACAAAACAAUAUUCACUAUGUCUAAUAUAUCCCUUGAUAAGGAAACGUUCUACAGACGUAUGAAAAGGCUGUACGCGGCGUGGAAGGCCGCUGCUGCUGAUUCAAAGAGCGAAGAUGUGCUUGCAAAAGUUGAUUGUUUGGUUUCUUGCGUUGGAGUUGACGAAGAUACACUUUACAGUAAAUCCACAGCCUUACAGACAUGGCUAUUUGGGUAUGAGCUACCAGAUACCAUAACAGUUCUCACUGAACAGAGCAUGUGUUUUCUGGCAAGCAAAAAGAAAAUAGAGUUUUUGAGACAAAUUGAAAAUGGUAAAGAAGAAUCAGAUCUACCUCCUGUUAAACUUCUAAUACGAGACAGAAAUGACCAUGACAAAGAAAAUUUUAAUAAACUCAUACAAGAGAUUAAAAAGUCCAAAUCGGGAAAAACACUUGGAGUUUUUGCAAAAGACAAUUAUCCUGGUGAAUUUUGCGAGAGUUGGAAAAAUGCUAUGAAAGCAGAAAAGUUUGAAAAUGUGGAUGUAAGCUCCUCAAUAGCACUACUAAUGGCACCCAAAGAGGAUUCAGAAGUUAUAACAAUAAAAAAGGCAUGUUUAGUCACAGUAGAUGUAUUCACAAAGUAUUUGAAGGAUCAAAUUAUGGAAAUCAUUGACUCAGAUAAGAAAGUGAAACAUUCAAAACUCGCCGAAGGUGUCGAGGCUGCAAUAUCGGAUAAGAAAUAUGUGACUGGAGUCGACACAAGUCAAGUAGAUAUGUGCUAUCCGCCUAUCAUUCAGUCAGGAGGCAAUUACAGUCUGAAAUUUAGCGCUGUAUCAGAUAAAAAUCACCUUCAUUUUGGUGCCAUUGUUUGUUCAUUGGGUGCAAGAUACAAGUCAUAUUGUUCUAAUAUUGUGCGUACACUACUAGUAAAUCCGACGGACCAAGUGCAGAGUAAUUACAAUUUUCUAUUAAAUAUCGAAGAGGAAGUUAUGAAACACCUCGUGGCUGGUGCCAAGCUGUCGUCGGUUUAUGAAGCUGGUUUGGCAUUAGCUAAGAAAGAGAAACCAGAACUUGUCGAUAAUCUCACUAAAACAUUUGGUUUUGCUAUGGGAAUAGAAUUUCGCGAAAGUUCAAUUGUGAUUGGGCCCAAAACAUCAAUAGUAGCAAAGAAAGGCAUGGUUUUCAAUAUAAAUAUUGGUUUAGCCAACUUAAGUAACAGUGCCGCAACUGAAAAAGAAGGCAAGACAUAUGCUCUAUUCAUUGGCGACACAGUAUUAGUGAAUGAGGAACAGCCGGCGUCCCUCCUCACCCAGUCUAAGAAGAAAAUCAAGAACAUUGGUAUAUUCCUAAAAGAUGACGAUGAAGAAGAGGAAGAAGAGAAAGAGAACAAAACAGAAAUACUUGGACGAGGCAAAAGAACUGCAGUUAUCGAGUCCAAGCUUCGAACGGAACACUCGUCUGAGGAGAAACGCAAGGAACAUCAAAGGGAAUUGGCGAUAGCCCUCAACGAAAAAGCCAAAGAGAGAUUAGCGAAGCAAUCGAGCGGUAAAGAUAGUGAGAAGAUAAGAAAGAGCACAGUUUCGUACAAAAGCGUCAGUCAGAUGCCGAGAGAAAACGAAGUCAAAGAAUUGAAGUUGUAUGUUGAUCGCAAAUACGAAACAGUAAUUCUGCCGAUAUUCGGCGUCCCAGUACCAUUCCAUAUUUCUACAAUUAAGAAUAUAUCACAGUCAGUUGAGGGUGACUACACAUACCUUAGGAUAAACUUUUUCCACCCCGGAGCCACUAUGGGCAGGAACGAAGGCGGGAACUACGCACAACCAGAUGCUACCUUCGUCAAAGAAGUCACUUAUCGAAGUACAAACACAAAGGAACCAGGUGAAAUAUCGCCGCCAUCGUCAAAUCUUAACACUGGAUUUAGACUUAUAAAGGAAGUGCAAAAGAAGUUCAAAACUCGAGAGGCAGAAGAGAGAGAAAAGGAAGAUUUAGUUAAACAGGACACUCUAGUGCUCUCUCAGAGCAAAGGAAACCCAAAACUAAAAGAUCUGUACAUAAGACCCAAUAUAGUCACAAAGAGAAUGAGUGGCUCUCUAGAAGCCCACUCAAAUGGUUUCAGAUUUACAUCAGUCAGAGGAGAUAAAGUGGACAUUUUAUACAAUAACAUUAAGAAUGCAUUCUUCCAACCAUGUGAUGGAGAAAUGAUCAUAUUAUUACAUUUCCAUUUGAAACAUGCCAUUAUGUUUGGCAAGAAGAAGCACGUAGACGUCCAGUUCUACACGGAGGUGGGCGAGAUCACGACGGACCUCGGCAAGCACCAGCACAUGCACGACCGCGACGACCUGGCGGCCGAGCAGAGCGAGCGCGAGCUGCGCCACAAGCUCAAGGUGGCCUUCAAGAGCUUCUGCGAGCGCGUCGAGAACAUGACCAAGCAGGAGGUGGAGUUCGACACGCCGUUCAGGGAGCUGGGUUUCCCAGGCGCGCCGUUCCGCAGCACAGUGCUAUUACAGCCUACAUCGGGCGCGCUGGUGAACCUCACGGAGUGGCCGCCAUUCGUCAUCGCGCUGGAGGACGUCGAGCUGGUUCAUUUCGAGCGUGUUCAGUUCCACCUGAAGAACUUCGACAUGGUCUUCGUCUUCAAGGACUAUGCGAAGAAGGUGGCCAUGGUCAAUGCUGUCCCGAUGAACAUGCUCGACCACGUCAAAGAAUGGCUCAAUUCAUGCGACAUCCGCUAUUCAGAAGGUAUUCAAUCUCUAAACUGGACGAAAGUCAUGAAGACGAUAACAGACGACAUAGAAGGUUUCUUCGACAAUGGAGGCUGGUCCUUCUUAGAUCCAGAAUCUGAUGCGGAAAAUGAGCAGCAGGAGGAAGAUUCGGAAGAAGAGGAUGACGCGUAUGAACCGACCGACGCGGAAACAGAGGAAGAAUCCGAAGACGACUCUGAAUACGAUUCUGAAGCAUCUGAUGCCUCAGACGGCUCUGGCGACAGUGAAGGAGAAGAAGAUGAAGAAUCCGGUAAAGAUUGGUCAGACUUGGAGCGUGAAGCAGCCGAGGAAGAUAAAAAGGAACGUAAUUACGGAGAAACAGACUUUGACAGAAAACGCAAGGGCGGUCGAGACCGGCGACCGUACGAAGAGGAGGGUAAAAAGAGCAAACACGACAAGAGCUCGAGCCACAAGAGUUCUAGUUCGAACCACAAAAGUUCAAGUUCGAACCAUAAAAGUUCAAGUUCGAAUCACAAGAGUUCUAGCCAUAAAAGUCCCUCCAAACACAGUAGUAGCAGCCCUUCAAAGAACCGCGACAAGCAUAAGUCGUCCCACCAUGAUCGUGACAAGUCUCACCACGGGCGCGACCGCGACAAGUCGCAUAAGUCUAACGGCGACCACAAGAAGCACAGCGACCAUAAGUCGCAGAAGCGCUCGCGAGACGAAAGCCGUGACCGCGAUCGCACACCUAAGAAAGCGAAGUGA